CCUCCGCGGUUUUUAUUCGCGCAUGCGCGGUUCUGGUCUCUAACCACCAGUACAUGCGCAGUACUAAUCUGUGUGUGCCGUUCUGCGGUGCUGUGAGAAAGGAUUCAACGGGAAUUAGAAUGGAUGGUACUACGCACGCGCGGUGACGGAAGGGAGAGCGACGGGUGUGCGUCAUUGGGUACUGGGAGCGUUGGGCAUGCGCUGUAGGUAGGCGUGGCGAGAGCGAGACCUUCAGCUUGAGACUAGAGACCGAAGACAGCGGCCUUACGGUAUAAAGGCCUUUUAUAAGUUCACAUUUGAGACGUACAUAAUUUAUGACCUAAUCUUCGUAUAAGGAAUCUGCAGUCAUGUCCAGCUGUUCUGUACCUUCUAGACCCACAGACCCAAUGGCUGUCCCACCAUCCUACUGUGACCUGGGGAAAUCUGCCAGGGAUGUAUUCAACAAAGGAUAUGGAUUUGGAAUGAUCAAGUUAGAGCUGAAGACCAAGUCUUCCAGUGGCGUGGAAUUUACCACCACUGGUUCCUCCAACACAGACACUGGGAAGGCCUCAGGCAACCUAGAGACCAAAUAUAAGAUCAAGGACUAUGGACUUACAUUCACCCAGAAAUGGAACACAGACAACACACUGGGGACAGAGGUGUCCAUGGAGGAUAAGUUAGCUGAGGGAUUGAAGCUGACUCUUGACACCAUAUUUGUACCAAACACAGGAAAGAAGAGUGGGAAAUUGAAGACGUCUUACAAACGGGAGUAUGUAAACCUAGGCUGCAACAUUGACGUUGACCUUUCUGGACCAACCAUCCAUGGCUGGGCUGUGUUGGGCUAUGAAGGCUGGCUUGCUGGUUAUCAGAUGGCUUUUGAUACUGCCAAGUCUAAACUAUCACAGAAUAACUUUGCAUUAGGAUACAAGGCAGGAGACUUCCAACUACACACUAAUGUGAAUGAUGGCACUGAAUUUGGUGGGUCAAUCUAUCAGAAGGUUAACGAUAAAGUUGAGACAUCAGUAAAUCUUGCUUGGACUGCUGGCAGUAACAAUACCCGUUUUGGCAUUGCCACAAAGUACCAGCUGGAUGAAAAUACUUCCAUUGCGGCUAAAGUGAAUAAUGCCAGCCUGAUUGGAAUCGGGUACACUCAGACCCUUCGACCUGGUGUGAAGCUGACGCUCUCAGGUUUGGUUGAUGGCAAGAACUUCAGUGCUGGUGGUCACAAGGUUGGGCUGGGCUUUGAGCUGGAGGCUUAAUGCAGUUUUAAGUGGAACAGCGGCUCUGUUCCUGGAGAUGAAGGGGAAAAAAGUAACCCAACAUGUUUUGGCCUUAAAAUUCUUCUGUGAAAUUUCAAAAGUGUGAACUUUUUAUUCUUCCAAAGAAUUGUAACCCCUCCCCCAAGCUAUAGGGUGUAAACUCAUCAUAAAAGGAGAUACUUGAAGGCAUGCAUGGAAGUUGUAAAGGUUGUGCCACAUUUCAGUUCCUCAGUGUUAUUUUAAAUUUGUUCCUUAAAGACAGCAUAGCAUUUCCUUACAAGGGAAAAAAUCCCAGCUAGCACAUCACAUCCUGCAUGUCCUACACCUGAUGACCACUUAUGAAAUUGGUCUCUGUGUGGUUAGUGAAAGCUUUGGUUUUGCAUCAAAGUGAAAUAAAUCAAUCACAUUUGGAACAUAUCCCUUCUGUGUGUUCCAGUACCGUUUGUUCAAGGUGUCCUUAGAUUUGGCAGGAACUGCUCAAAAAUGCAACUAAAAUAGGUAACCUGUUUGGUGCUGGUUUUCAGGGACAAAACUAAAUUCCUUGCAGCAGUAAAGAUUCAGGCUCAGUCAGUCAGUCAGUGAUGUGUGGUUUUUUAUUGUUCACUAGUUGAGGGACUUGGCCCAAUUCUCAAACACUUGUAUAGUAUAGUGAAAAAUAUUUCUCCUUUUAAAAUUUUAUUUAACAUUCAAAUAGAGCAAACCAAAAGUUUACAUAUUUCAGGUAGUUCGUUCCCAUACAGGAAACAAGUAUUCGGUAAGUACAGACAUUACACUUGAGAAAAAGUGCAACCCAGCAUGGUUAGCCAAAUCAGUAAAUUCAGUGCUUUUUUUUCAUAAAUGUCAGGAAAGACUUUGAUUUCCAGAAAGGGAAAGGUAGCACAGCAGGUGGAUGGGAGUUGUGGAAGAUGACAAAGUAUCUUCAGCUGCUGUUUUAUAGGGUGAGUAAGAAAUUUCUCAUGCCCCUGCUGUACAUUUGUGGGAAAAACAGUGAGAGUGAUCUAAAUUUUGUUAAAAUUAGGCUGUCAGCUUUCCUUAAAAAUAGGAAUACAUGUCACCAUGAAACCACUAGAUGGCAGUAUAAAUAGAGUUCAGAGGGUUUCAUUUUCAUGUGGAGUAAUGUCUGUCAUGCUUCAUCUGUCCUGAGCUGUGACUGAAGUGAUUUUUACAUCUGGGUUUGUUCUGGUUUAUUUCUGUUUUCCCCUUCAAGCUGCAACCAGCUCCAGUCUAGAGACUAAAAAUGAAGCACAGAAACACUGAUUAGAGUUUAGCUGCCAUCUUUCUAACCCAAAGCAAAUAUACUGGGUUUUCUUGUAGUAUUUUCCUUUAAGUACAUAAGUAGGGUGCUUUUUUUUUUUGUCAUACAGUUUAAAUGCCCAAAAUUAAGGGGAAGGGAUGUAGGGCUUUACUUUUUUUCCUGGUUUACUUAAACAAUAGAAGCUGCUUCAUGUAAUGUAUUACUGACAGUCUCUUGUAAUAUUUAUCCCCCUUUUGUUUAGGGAAUGAGAUAUGUAACACACUGCAUAUACUAAUAAUUAAAAUGGCAGAGGAGAGAGAUCUAUUCUUACAGCCCUUCCGCAAUCUUGCUUGGCCAGCACUCCUCCCAAAACUAUGCUUAUGGUUUAAAGUGAUAGAAGUUGUUACCAUAAAGCUCUGGUCCUGAUCCUUCAUUGUGUCAUGCAUCACACUUUCUAACUGGCUGCAGAGAUUUUGUGAUUCCAUCAAUAGUUCCUCACUGAAAAAGAAAGUUGCACAAAUGAUUACAUCAAUUGAAACUGGAAGUCUCUCAAGUGUUAGAGGUGCAGCUGCCUUUUCCAACCUUGCAUAGUACUUGUACACCAGGGAUAUGUACUCAAGCUAGCAACAAAGACUAAACUGUAAUCCUUUGUAUGCUGCCACAGUCCCACUUAUAUCAACUAAAAGUGUUGUUACUGUAGUCCAUAGCACCUUAAGAUUUACUGGUAAAGUGACCUAGAAAAUGCAUUCAACAUGGCAUCAAGCUUAUAUCCCUGUGCACUAAU